AUGGCUGCCUCUAGCGCCGCGUCAUCGAUCUCGGUGACUGUCAGAGUGCGGCCCUUCACCAUUCGAGAAGCUGCACAGUUAUCCAAAAGUGACGAGACACCGCUGUUUCUCGGCGAUGGCUCGCUGGCUGGCGUACCUAGCACCCCAAAGCUCGCUCAGAAGGGUAUUCGACCUGUCAUUAAAGUCGUUGAUGACAAGUGCCUUGUUUUCGACCCGCCCGAAGAUAACCCGGUUCAGAAAUUCUCUCGAAGCGUCGUACCCAAUGGCAAACGGGUCAAAGACCAGACGUUUGCUUUUGACAGAAUCUUUGACGAAAAUACCACACAGGCCGAAGUCUACGAAGCGACGACCCGAAAUCUUCUCGACAGUGUUCUAGAUGGGUACAAUGCAACAGUCUUCGCCUACGGUGCUACAGGAUGUGGUAAAACACAUACCAUCACUGGCACAGCUCAACAACCCGGUAUUAUUUUCUUGACCAUGCAGGAACUUUUUGAAAGGAUCGAAGAAAGAAGUGAGGAGAAAGUGACGGAAAUUUCGCUCUCAUACCUUGAAAUUUACAAUGAGACAAUUCGCGACUUGCUGGUUUCUGGAGAACAUCGAAAAGGUCUGAUGCUGCGUGAAGAUGCCAAUCAAGCAGUGUCGGUAGCGGGUCUAUCGAGUCAUCAUCCGCAGAAUGUCCAGGAGGUCAUGGACAUGAUUAUGCGCGGUAACGAAUGUCGUACCAUGUCGCCUACUGAAGCCAACGCCACUUCGUCUCGAUCCCACGCCGUCCUCCAGAUCAAUAUCGCACAGAAGGAUCGCAAUGCAGAUGUGAAUGAACCGUUGACCAUGGCUACUCUAAGCAUCAUCGAUCUUGCCGGAAGUGAACGUGCCAGCGCGACAAGAAACCGAGGCGAGCGACUGCAAGAGGGAGCAAACAUCAACAAGUCUUUGCUUGCUUUGGGAAGCUGUAUCAAUGCGCUUUGUGACCCUCGUAAACGGAACCAUAUCCCUUAUCGAAACUCGAAGUUGACCCGUUUGCUAAAAUUCUCUCUCGGCGGAAAUUGUCGUACGGUGAUGAUUGUCUGCGUCAGUCCUUCAAGCCAGCACUUUGAUGAAACUCAGAAUACGCUCCGAUAUGCAAACAGAGCCAAGAACAUCCAGACGAAGGUGACAAGGAACGUUUAUAAUGUCAACCGCCAUGUUAAAGACUUCUUGGUCAAGAUCGACGAACAGAUGGCUCUUAUCAACGAACUCAAGGCUCAGCAAAAGCAGUACGAAACAAUUGCUUUCGCUAAAUUCCGAAAACAGACGGAAAAGAAGGAGGCUGUGGUCCGUGAAAGCGUGGCUCGUUUACGAAAUGCCUACGAGAACGCCUCGACAGAGCGACAAGAGAAAGCAACAAGCAUGCUCAAAUUGAGACAAGUCAGCCGAAGAAUCACAAUGCUGUCUUCUUGGAUUGCUGCUUUUGAAGAGGUUUCCGCGUCAUGCGAGAGCGAAACACCCAUGGAAAACUUGCAAGCCAUUCGCAAAUCGGCGCAGGGCAUUCUUUUCGAGCUGGAAAACACUCGUCAUCAUUUCAACCAAAGAAUUUCAAAGAACAAUUGGGAUAGAGCCAUUAACACUGCUCUCGAGCAUGGUGUCCAGCAACUCAAGGAAUUUGAGAUUAGUGAUAACUCGGAUAUCGCCAAUCUCACCCGAGAGGCAGAGUUGCUCAAAUCAAACGCGGAACGGGAAAUGCUGACUUUGGUCGCCGACCAAGACAAAGCAGGUGAUGUAUCUACCGUGCAGAUGCUCCUCCAAGCGCAAUUUGAGAUAGUAUCUUCGAUCGAAAACAUCAUGCAGCUCACAGAGGCAGAGGCUGUCGAAGUCGGCAAGAAGAUAUUGCACAAGAUGCUGACCUCUUGCAUUUCCUCCGUCUCCAACGUUGUCAAGCCAGACGGCAAGAUGCCUACCAUUGACAUGCCUCCCACCCCCAAAGCUGACACCUCAUUCCGCCGGAGAAAGUCCAGCCUUGUUGCAAUUCCCUCUAGGCCUGCGCGGCUAAGCAUGUCUAUCCCUCCACAAGCACCCACUUCCCCAGUGAAGAACACACCACGGCGACGUAAGCUAGGGAUAGCAAAGAAGGGGGUCAGCUUCACCCCAGUCAAGGCGCCAGCUCCCAAAGCAAGCAAGCGAGCUGUCAGAUGGAGAGACGAUGAGACAGACGGAUCUCUUGCCGAGUUCGAAAAGACUCCUCAGAAGGCUAUUGUGACUGUGAUCGAGGCCACUGAAGAGCCAACUCUUCCACGAAUUUCCCCAAUGCCUAGAGACAUCCCAGUCUACAACCCGAAGCUCGAGGAGUCGCUUCGUUCCUCGUCUCCGGUUCCGGAAGCACCAGAGGCUAGUAUUGUGAUACCCAACAAGAAUAAUCGGUUCAAGGCUGGGUUUUUGUCCAAGAAGCCUGAAUCGCCGGUGCCGCCCACGAUGUCGAGCCUUUCACUGGAAGAACACUCCCCUCUUCGCAGCAUUGAGAACAGCAGCUUUUUGAACAGACCAGCGGUGGAAAGACCCUCUCGUAUAGCCGUGCGAUCACCUAGCGGUAGCUACCUCGGCAGCAGUCCCGUCUCUGAUAGUGGGAAAACAUCGUGGAAGGCCGACAAAGAGGACGCAAUGAGAAUUAAUGCCGCGAUGCGACGCAUCUCCGGAAGUCAAUUCGGCGGCAGCACAUCCAGUGUUCCAGUAAGCAGAGCACACCGACGCCGAAGCCCUACCGCAACAGGGACACUCGGUAGCUCACCACCAGAAAGCGCCUUGUUCUCUGCUUCUGAAGCUAGACGCAUGGUCAAAGGCGAGAAAAGUCACGACUUCAGACCAAGUGUCCUUGGGCCACGUGCUGUUUCAGUAACGAAGAAUUCUCGACGUAUUACCAUGGGCGGCGACUUCCGACCUCGCGACAUCAGUCUGGGAAGCCGUGAUGCGGCCAGACUAAGCCUGGUAGCCGGAAGUCCCGAGUCACGAUUCAGCCUUGGCCCGGCCAUUCGAGGCGGCGCGUUAAGCCUGUGGAAGCUCUCGAUCUUCGAAGCUUUAGAAUUUACCGGAGCUUCUUUUCUGAUCGCCACCCCGAUCUAUAUCACCUCAUAUAUCCACGUCAAAGAUAUGACUUCUUUCCUUUCCCGCCUCUUCCGUCCUCUCUCCACAACCGCCGCACCCGCCUACGCCGUCACUCCACGCAAAGACAUCAUCAUGCCUGACAACGCGCAAAAAGCCACUGUGGCUGCAGGCUGUUUCUGGGGCGUUGAGCAUUUAUAUCGCAAGCAUUUCGGGAAUGGGAAGGGUUUGAUUGACGCCAAGGUUGGGUACGCCGGUGGACAUUCGGAUUCGCCGACUUAUCGGGCUGUGUGUUCUGGGACUACGGGCCACGCCGAAGCAUUACAAGUAAUCUUCGACCCCUCCAUCGUCACCUACCGUCAACUCCUCGAAUUCUUCUACCGCAUGCACGACCCCACGACACAAGACCGCCAGGGUCCCGACGUCGGAACCCAAUACCGCAGCGCAAUCUUCACACACGACGACGAACAAUCCAAGAUUGCGCGCGAGAUAACCGACAAAGUGGCCAAGGAAUGGUACAAGCAGCCCGUUACGACGCAGAUUGUGGCUGCGGGACAGUGGUGGGAUGCGGAGGAGUAUCAUCAGCUUUACCUGCAUAAUAAUCCGAGUGGUUAUGAGUGUCCUUCUCACCAUUCUACAGGGCUCAAAACCGAAGGCACAGAGGAAUCUUACAAGGACGACUCCUCACCACUGUCAAUCCUCCCCCUGAGUGCCGUCAUACGAACCCUGGCAAUUACAACAUUCACCUCUGUGCCGUUCUUGCUUGGUCCUGCUUUAGCGUCACUUUCCACCUUAUCCGACUCGAAAUCACCAUUGCUAAAUCCGGACAAGAAUCCAGUCCUCAAUGCAGUCCUACGCCAGACUAUCUACACACAAUUCUGUGCUGGGGAGACGCCGGCAGAAGUUCGGAAAACGAUCGCAGAUCUAAAACAGUUGGGAUAUGCCGGUGUGAUUCUGGGGUAUGGUAGGGAAGUCGUCAUGGAUGGGGACGAGACGUCGAUGUUUGAGCACCAGCGUGAGAAAGAGGGCAUCGCAUUGGCGGCUGAAGAAGAGGUGAUGCCAAACACGGAGCAGAUUCUGCGAGAAGUCGGGGAAUGGAAAGAAGGCACGAUGCAGACCGUUGAGCUCGCCGAUGAAGGGGAUUUCGUGGCUUUGAAGUUCACGGGAGCUGGUCGUGAGGCACUUCGACAUCUGGUUCAGGGGCUACCACCAUCUCCAACCCUUCAAGAAGCUAUUUAUGAAAUUUGUGAUCGUGCCAAAAAACGUAGAAUUCUGCUCCUGUUCGACGCUGAGCAGCACGCUGUUCAAGAUACCAUCGAUUCUUGGGUUCUUGACUUGCAGCGGAGAUACAACCACUCAUUCUCUAUUCAGGGUAAGCCUCGAGCUCUGAUAUAUAAUACAUACCAAGCAUAUUUGCAAUCCACACCAAAGACACUAGUAAGUCACCUUGCCGUUUCACAAAACGAGUCGUUUGUCCUAGGCGUCAAGCUUGUGCGCGGAGCAUACCUCAACAGCGAUCCCCGAGACAUUUUCUGGACCACCAAACAAGAGACAGACAAAGCCUAUGACGCCAUUGCACAGUGUCUGAUGACCAGAAAAUACAAUGAUAUUGUACAGUCAGCGCAAAAAAAGACUCAUGCUUUCCCGCAGGCCGAUCUGGUGCUGGMAAGCCACAAUCGGGCGUCCGUCGAACGGGCCCGCGCUAUUCGUGAUGACCAAACAAGACGAGGAGAGCCAUUGAUUGAGAUGGUUUAUGGACAGCUUCAAGGCAUGGCGGACGAUAUUAGCUGUCCGUUGGUCCGACAGUCCAUAACGGCGUCACGCGUCUCUAGCUUUGGGCAACAACAGCCCCGUGGGGAGAGCCCUAAGCCAUAUAAGUAUCUUGUCUGGGGCACAGUUGGAGAAUGCACAAAGUAUCUGCUGCGAAGGGGCCAUGAGAAUAGAGACGCAGCGUCCAGAACGAAGGAUACAAGAGCGGCCAUGUUGAAGGAAUUGAAGCGGCGUAGCUUGGGAUUGAUGUGA